AUGGAUAAGCGCUUUUACUUCACUACUUUUCUCGCUGCUCUUAUUGCAUUAGGCAUUGGUAUCAGUAUUGGUCAUUUUGCAAUAGGAAAACAGCAGACCACUAACUCUGUUAAAUAUGAACGUCUUACAAGACAAACUGACGCACAAAAUUAUGAAAAAUUCAUCAGUUUGGUUCAAGCAAAGAAUAUUGAAGCGAAUCUUAAAGAUCUUACUUCACGGCCUCAUAUGGCUGGCUUGCCAGAAGACUUAGAAAGUGCUCAAGUGAUCGAAGAACGAUGGAAACGUGAUGGUUUACAAGUAACCAAACCAAAAUACAAUAUUCUUCUUUCCUACCCUGAUAAUAAUAAACCGAAUCGAGUUACUCUCACGAGUACAGAUGGAACAAUCAUUAUUCAAACUGAAGGAGUUGAGAAAGCCUACGAUCCGACACAACCAAAAACAGUCAAUCCAUUUCUUGCCUAUACUCCGAAUGGGACGGUUUCUAGUACGAAACUAUUCUAUGCUAAUUAUGGUCGACUUGAAGAUUUGAAACAUUUGGCUUCUAUUGUUGGAAAUGCUAGUCUUCAAGGUAGUAUCAUUAUCAUGAGAUAUGGUCGCAUUUUUCGAGGAGAUAAAGUGAUACAUGCUCAAUACUUUGGAGCUGUUGGUGCUAUAUUAUACAAUGAUCCGGCUGAUUAUGCUCCAUUCGGUACUACACCAGAUCAGGUCUAUGAUCAAAAGUGGUUUAUGCCACCCAGUGGAGCACAAAGAGGAUCGUCCUACACUGGCAAUGGAGAUCCUUUGACACCUACAUAUCCAUCAACAGAUUACAUGUACAGAGUGGAAGAGGGAACUAUUUCAUCUCUGCCGAGAAUUCCUGCUCAACCGAUUGGCUACGGCGAAGCCCAAGUAAUUCUUAAAUAUCUACAAGGAAGUGAAGUAGCUGCCGAGUGGUGUGGCACUUUAUCAAAUAUCAGAUAUCGCUAUGGUGGCGUACUUUUGAAUAAAUCUUCAAUUGAAGUGAAAACUUACAAUCGUCUUGAACGAAAAGACACUUACAAUGUAAUUGGUAUAAUGAAAGGAGACAUUGAACCAGAUCGAUACGUUGUUAUCGGAAAUCACAGAGAUGCUUGGAGUUUGGGUUCUGUCGAUCCGACAAGUGGAACUGCUGCUAUGCUUGAAAUAACACGAGUACUUGGUGAAAUGGCAAAAAAUGGUACUUUUUUUGUAUUCAUAUCUGUACAAUACUAG